AAUAAAAACUUAGCAACUGUCACGAUUCUUAAUAUAACAUUUAACAAUUCAUAUAAUAUGACACUUCGUAAAAUAAAUCUAAACUGAAAAGUCCCUAUAUGAAUGACAAAUUAAUUUGUAACUAAUACAAUAUUAAUAAAUUAUGAGAAUAUAUAAUGCCUUUUUAAAGUGGUCUAAUCGGGGAAGCAGACUAUUAUAGAAUUAAAAGUUCAUAAAUUGCUUAUUAACUGUUUAAAAAUUACCAUUAAGUUCAUUAUAUGAAAUUAAUGGGCCACUAUUUUCAGCUUGGUUAAGGAUUCUUAAAACUUAACAAUUUGGAGUACGAAUCAAGAAUCUGUAAUAUUGAGAAGAUUGGUUUAUUCUAAAAAUUUAACACUUAACAAUUUAUAUGAAUUCUUCUAACAAUUCACGAUUCUUAAAACUUAAUUAGGAACUAUCACAAAAUUCAUUUAUCUUGCAUUCAUAGUUCACGAUACUGAAUUCACCAAUAUAUUUGGAGUACGAAUCAAGAAACAGUAAUAUUGAGAAAUCAAAUAUAGUUUUCAAAAUUAUUUGGAGUUUUUAUCAACAAGAAAUUGGAAUUAAUGGAAUAAUAAAAAUUAUGAAGAACAACGCAAAUACCUGGGUGAUCCAUGAUUAUCUUUGAUAAAAAAGUUGUGAUGUUGAAUGAACGUCUGAUGACAGAGGAAAGGGCCGGUCUUGCAUGCGGCGGUCGCACUCCAGUGCGACGGGUCCGCCCCGACCCGCGCCCGAUCCGACCCGUGCCCAGAUCCAAAAUCCUGAAUCCUAAAUUAUUACAUUUGUUUAUAAUAAUUAUUAUUACUUUUAAUAAGCAUGAAAUAACAUUUGUUCGCACAAAUGUAUACUUAUAUAAAUAUAGGUAUUUACCUUCAGUUAAUAUUAAGUAUUAUAUUUUCUAAACCCUAAAUUCUAUAAACUAAACCCUAAACCCUGUAAACUAAACCCUAAGCCUGAACACUAAACCCUAAUAGGAGUAUGUACUUUAAUUUAAUAAGCAUAAGAUAUACAUUUGGUCGCACAAAUAUAUACUUAUAUUAAUAUAAAUAUUUACCUUCAUUCAAUAUAAAAUAUUAUACAUAUCAAUAUACAUUUAUAUGAACAAAUGUAUAUAUUAUGUUUAUUAAAAGUAACAAUUAUUAUAAACAAAUGUAAUAAUUAGGAGUAUGGGUCAAACCCACGUGAGUCAGGGUCUGGGUCAGGAGGGCGGGUUUGGAGCCGGGUAGACCCGUCGCACACCUGUGCGACGGUCGGCGCAGAGGAAAUUGUGAUUCACGUUUGUAGAAGAGAAAUCAACUAAAGCAAUAACGUGUUAAUGGCUAAUCAUGAAUUAUCAAAUAUUUGGUUUGUCAAGAUAUGGAAGUAAUUUUAUUAUUAAAUCUAGUCAAAUCCCUGUAAAACACGAUUUGGUUUGUUAAGAUUGGUUAAAUUACACUAAACUCCUCAUACUAUAUAGACGUGUUUUUGAUGUAUGAAUUUUAAGAUGAUUUCAAGCCAUUGGAUCUUGCAGAUCAAAUGGACAAAAAUAGUUCGUAUUUUAUACACUUAAUAUUGCUCUUAUUAUAGCCCCACCCCUAAAAUAGAUUAACUUAAAUAUUAAGGCAAAAAAUAAUUAAAAUAAGAUUAUUAAGUUUUAAUUAAUUAUAGAACAAAUAAUUCAAAGCCUAAUCUCUAAUCUUCUCUUCAAAAUCCACGCCAUCUUCAACAAAUACUCUACUUCCAUCCACGAGCAUCCAUCUCCAAUCCAUUUAUAUCACAAAUCAUGUAAAACCAUAGCAAAACACACACUAAAUUAAGUAACUAAAAUGCCACACAUCAAUGCUACUUCACAAAUAAUAUUUUUUAUAAAAGCAAAUGAUAAUUUGUAUAAAAUAAACGAUACUUUAUACAAAAACACAUAUAACACAUUUAACACAUUCAUGAAAAUGACAUCAUUAAAACAUUUAACAUGCAAACGAUACAUUUCAGAAGGAUCGACUUAGUCUGGACAGGAUUGGCUAUAAAAGCCGAAACAUUAACUCGUGAAGCUGCAACACAACAUUCAAUUCAAACCAUUGAAAUUAACAAACAUGAAAAUCGAAACAAGACUUCCAUCGUUGCUUGCAAUAUUAUAUUUUUCAGUUUCCCUAAUCUUCUUGAAACUCAUAUAUUCCAUCAAGAAAAGAUCGACAGCGCCACCGCCACCGCUGCCGCCGGGGCCGCCCGCGUACCCGGUCGUCGGCAGCCUGCCGGAGAUGCUGUCGAAGAAGCCCGCAUUCCGAUGGAUGCACAAUCUCAUGCAAAAACUCAACACGGAGAUCCUCUGCGUCCGCCUCGGCGGCGUCCACGUCAUCGCGGUCGCUUCUCCGGAGCUUUCCAGAGAGUUCCUGAAGAAGCACGACGCGGCCUUCGCCUCCCGGCCCGACGCCGUCUCGGCCCGCCUCAUCAGCGACGGAUACUCGGCGGUGAUCCUCUCUCCCGCGGGCGAGCAGUGGAAGAAAAUGAGGAGGGUCAUGGUGUCGGAGGUGCUGUCGACGGCCGUGUUCCGACGGCUCCACUCGACGAGACGCGAGGAAGCCGAUCACCUCGUGCGGUACGUGUACAGCCGCCGCAACGGGGCGGUGAACGUGAGAGAUGCGGCGCGGCAUUACUGCGCCAAUUUGAUCAGGAAGAUGGUGUUUGGUGAGAGGUUUUUCGGGGCGGGGAUGGACGACGGAGGGCCGGGAAACGAAGAGAGGGAACACGUCGAUGGAUUGUUCACGAUGCUUUCGUAUCUCUAUGGAUUCGCCAUAGCCGAUUUUGUGCCGUGGUUGGAGGUUUUCGAUUUGGAUGGGCAUAAGAGGAUUGUGAGCAACGCCAUUAAGAAGGUAAAGAAAUACCAAGAUCCGUUGAUCAAUGAGAGAAUGGAGAUGUGGCAGCUAGGGCUCAAGACUCAACAAGAUGAUAAUCUUGAUCUUCUGAUUAACCUCAAGAGCGAAUCGGACGAAACUAAGCCCCUCUUGUCACUUCGAGAGAUUAAAGCACAAAUUCUUGAAAUAAUGAUUGCGACAGUUGAUAAUCCGUCAAAUGCAGCAGAAUGGGCAUUGGCGGAGAUGAUCAAUCAACCGGAUAUUUUUGCAAAGGCGUGUGAAGAACUAGACCGAGUUGUAGGCAAGAAUAGGCUCGUUGAGGAAUCAGAUCUGCCUAAUUUAAACUAUGUGAAGGCUUGUGUGAAAGAGGCAUUCAGGCUACAUCCACUGGCACCUUUCAAUCCGACUCAUGUUUCGAGCAAAGAUCUUGUGGUGGGUGGCUACCUCAUCCCAAAAGGGAGCCAUGUGUUGCUCAGUCGCCCCGGCCUGGGGCGAAAUCCUAGGGUUUGGGACGAGCCACUUCGUUUCAAGCCCGGGCGUCACAUUGUUGAUGAGUCCUCAGAAGUGGUGCUUGUGGAUCAUGAAUUGCGCAUGUUAUCAUUCAGUACAGGGAGACGAGGAUGUCCCGGCAUUGUGCUUGGUUCUACCAUAAGCACUAUGCUUCUGGCUAGACUUAUUCAGGGUUUUAGCUGGAGGCCACCCCUUGGUAUGAAUAACAUUGAUUUGGUUUAGUCGGGGCAUGACUUGACAUUGGCUAAGCCUCUCAUUGCUCAGGCAACACCUCGAUUGGACUCACAAAUUUAUCUUUAAUUCAUGUGAAGUUAAUAUAUAAAUUUUCAUAUAAUCAGGUGAACACAUUAUUUUCAGGUCAGUUCUAGGGUUUCGUGUUAUUUUCGAGGCAGCCUAUCGGGUGUUGGGUUAUUCAGUUACGGCUAUCAGCUCUAGGGUUUUUGUGUUAUUUUUGCUACCGCAUAUUAAAAUAGUAGCCACAAGAUGUGAG